AUGGCUGCUGUCGUGAAUGGCGUCCCCGUCGCUAUACCACCACCUGAGGGUUAUAAAGUCGAUUUCGAUAACCCACAACGGAACAGUGUUACUGCAGCAUAUUGGCUUUAUGGAGUUGGGAAUUUCUUGACUGUCUUAUUCAUUGCACAGAGAGUAUAUGUUAGAAGUUUUAUACACAAGACAAUACGAAUAGAGGAUGCAUGUUUAGGCGUAGCAUAUGUGUUUUCUGUAGUACUUCAGACCCUGAUACUAAGGGACUUUAUCCGCGGCAUAAUGGGCACCCACGGCUGGGAGAUGCCAAUAACCAAGUUCGCCCAGUUCGCGCGAGCCCUCUACCUCCUACCAAUCCUCUACAACCCCGUCCAAUGCGGCGCAAAGAUGGCUUUGCUUCUCGUCUACCGUCGGCUUGCACCACAAAAGUGGUUUCAUGUCACAAUCUGGGCUACGUCGUUUGUGGUGAUUGGCUCCUCGAUUGCGAUAACGUUUACGACAAUCUUCCCGUGCAAACCUGUUCGAGCGGGCUGGGACAUCACAAUCACCGAUAAGAAGUGCAUCGAUCGACCAGCUGUUUACCAGGCUACGGCUAUAAUGGGUGCGAUUACAGAUGCCAUGGUGCUUGCGGUGCCGAUACCUGUUGUUAUACCACUGCAGAUUUCGAGAAGACAAAAGAUUGGAUUGAUUUGCUUCUUUGGUGUUGGUGGAGUUACUGUCUUCACAUCAAUCAUGAGACUGAUUGCGUUGAUUCGGUCCAUGGGUAACGUUGACCAAUCCUGGGGUGGUGGUCCUGUUCUUCUUUGGAUCUUCGCCGAAGCCAACCUCUCCAUCAUUUGCGCAACUCUCACGACAGUCAAACCAUUCAUCAAACACAUCUCGCCAAGGAUUCUCGGCUCCUCAUACGGAGCGUCAAAGGCAGGCAUGUCAAACCCAAGCGCACCACCAACCAUCGGAGCAAUCUCCAGUGGCGGUAUGCCCAGACAUGACCACUAUGAACGAUUUGACGAUGGGCCGAUGUAUCCAUUGCAGACUGUUACCAAGGCAGAGGCAUCAAAGGGUCACGAGAAUAAGAAUGGAGGAUCACACUCAGCCACACGGCCAAUGUCAAGAGAUAGUCAGGGAGAUUCCGACUCUGAAAAGGCAAUUCUGCAGACGCGUACUACGACAGUGACAUAUUCUUAG